UUCGUCCGAAAAUCGUUUUGUGCGUGGCUGCGAGUUUUGUUUACUCCUGCAUUUUAUACCCGGAAAACCCGCCGGAACUCGGAGAAAUCGCGCACCAACAAUGUCCGACGACAGGGAAAAGUCGUCGUCCCCUGCGCCGCCGUCAACACAACCGGCGUCCACCGUCGUCCAGGUAAAGCGCGAACGCAGUGAAUCCCCGUCGCGACGCCGACGUUCCCGUUCGGCAUCGCGCCGCAAGAGGGUGGCUUCCCGGCGGGACGCCGAUUCGCGGUCGCGGUCCCGGAGUCGUGAGCGGAGGCGCCGGAGUAGGAGCAUAUCGAGGAGUCGGGAGAGGAGGCGGAGGAGGGAUUCGAGGGAUGAGCGUAGACGGAGGAGGAGGAGUUCGAGCCGGGAGUCGGGGGAGCGGAGCAGGAGUGUGGAGAGGAGGCCGACGCCACCUGCGGUGGCCAGCAAGAUUAAUCCGGACCGCGGGGAGGAGGGUGACGAGGUGCUGCUGAAGAAUGAGAAGCCGGCGAUUAGGAGGACGGUUGAUUUGCUGACGUCGAAGACCGGUGGCGCGUACAUUCCGCCGGCGAAGUUGCGGAUGAUGCAGGCGGAGAUUACGGACAAGACGUCGGCGGCGUACCAGCGGAUCUCCUGGGAAGCGUUGAAGAAGUCGAUUCAUGGGUACAUUAACAAGGUGAACGUGGAUAAUAUCGGGAUCAUUACGAGAGAACUGCUGCGGGAGAAUAUCGUCCGGGGAAGGGGAUUGUUGUGCCGGUCUAUCAUCCAGGCGCAGGCCGCGUCUCCGACGUUUACGCACGUGUACGCCGCACUGGUCGCGAUCAUCAACUCCAAGUUCCCCAACAUUGGCGAGUUGCUGUUGAAGCGAUUGGUGAUCCAGUUCAAGCGCGGCUUCCGGCGGAACGACAAGAGCAUCUGUCUGUCCUCGUCCCGGUUUGUGGCCCAUCUGGUCAAUCAGCGGGUGGCGCACGAGAUCUUGGCGCUAGAAAUCCUAACUCUGCUUGUGGAGAACCCGACGGACGAUUCCGUUGAGGUUGCGAUUGCGUUCCUCAAGGAGGUGGGCCAAAAGCUGACGGAGGUGUCCGGCAAGGGCAUCAACGCGAUCUUCGAGAUGUUGAAGAACAUUCUACACGAGGGCAAGCUGGACAAACGCGUGCAGUACAUGAUCGAGGUGGUGUUUCAGAUUCGGAAGGACGGCUUCAAGGAUCACGCUGCGGUGGCGGAUUCGCUGGAGCUGGUCGAGGAGGACGACCAGUUUACGCACCUGAUCAUGCUGGACGAGGCCACCGACACGCAGGACAUCUUGAACGUCUUCAAGGUGGACGAUCAGUACGAGGAGAACGAGUCCAAGUACAAGGCGAUUAGCAAGGAGAUCCUCGGCAGCGAUGCCAGCGGCGACGAGGACGACGGUGAGGGUGGAUCGUCCAGCGGAAGUGGCUCCGGAAGCGACUCGGACGAUGACGGCAGCGGUAGCGACGGCGAAGGUGGCGAAGCGGCCCAAAAGAAGAUGGAGAUCGUAGACAACACGGAAACGAAUCUGAUCGCACUGCGUAGAACGAUCUACCUCACCAUCCACUCCAGUUUGGACUACGAAGAGUGCGCGCACAAGCUGAUGAAGAUGGAGCUGAAGCCGGGCCAGGAACAGGAACUGUGCCACAUGUUCCUCGACUGUUGCGCCGAGCAGCGAACGUACGAAAAGUUCUACGGCCUGCUGGCGCAGCGCUUCUGCAUGAUCAACAAGACCUACAUCGAACCGUUCGAGCAGAUCUUCCAGGACACGUACACGACGACCCACCGCCUGGACACGAACCGCCUCCGCAACGUGAGCAAGUUCUUCGCCCACCUCCUCUUCACCGACUCCAUCGGCUGGGACGUGUUCAGCGUGAUCCGGCUCAACGAAGAGGACACCACCAGCUCCAGCCGAAUCUUCAUCAAGAUCCUCUUCCAAGAGCUCGCCGAGUACAUGGGACUGUUCAAGCUAAACGCGCGCCUCAAAGACCCCACCCUGGCGGAACCCUUUUCCGGCCUCUUCCCCCGAGACAACCCGAAAAACACCCGCUUCUCGAUCAACUUCUUCACCUCAAUCGGGCUUGGUGGCCUCACGGACGAGCUGCGCGAUUUCCUGAAAAACGCACCCAAGCAGAUCGUCCAACCGGUGGUCGCACCCGUUCCCGCCGAAGACUCGGACAGUUCCAGCUCAUCGAGCUCGUCGUCGUCCUCAUCUUCCUCGUCCUCCUCCUCGUCCAGUUCUUCGGAUUCGGACUCGGAGGAGGAUCGCCGCAAGCGCAAAAAGAAGGGCAAGAAGCGUUCGAAGGUUGAUUCCAAGUCCAAAAGUCGAAAGGAAAAGCCGGAGAAGGAGCGUCGGCGCGGUCGCGACGAGGAGUUGGACGAGUGGAGCGAUAAGAGAAGGGACCGCGACCGAGACGAGCGGGCCCGAGAGGACGAAGAUCGCCGGGGACGGAACCGUGAGGAGCGUCGUGAUGAUGGACGAAAGGAGCGUACGGAUUCGCGGCGUCAACGCGAUGACGAUGAGGAACGUCGGCGAGGUGCCGGGGAAGGUCGUAGAGGCGAGGACAGGCGUCACCGGGAUCGGGACUACGACGAUCGUCGGAGGGAUGACGAGGAUAGGGGAGGUAGAAGACGACGCAGCGGGGAGAGGUACUAAAAAGUGGGUCGGCUGAGAGUACGAUGUCGCUGUUUGAAUGAUAAAGCUUAGGUGUAAUAAAAUUUUGAGUAAAUUAA